AAUUAUAAGAAAUAUUUAACGUCUCUAUAAUCCCUUAACACAACCUAAUUUAUAAAAAGUUAAUAGAAAGCGACCGCAGAACGCUAUAGUAAUUUAAUAAAACAAUAAAAUUCAUUUCAUAGUUAGCGAUGAAUGUAAUAAAGCAGUUAAGGUCUCUGAAGUAUUUUCAGUAUGCAUUGCCCACAUUCAACGUAAAUAACGUUGGGCUCAUCCCUAAAUAAUCGAUCGUGUGCGCGCGCCGUUCUAUCGGAGUGACUAUCACUGGGACAUUGCAAAUAUCGUCAGCUGGUCACGAUAUUAAGAGUAAUCAUGCCUGGAGCCAGACACAAAAUCCUGGGGCACGUCCUUUCAGGAUUUUGUCAUAAGAUGAAUCGACGGAAGCCUAUUUAUGGAGACGUUUUGGACACGCCACUUAAUCGUUGUCUAACAACUUUUGAUAUAACAUUACUUGGGGUCGGUCAUAUGGUCGGAGCUGGCAUCUAUGUCUUAACAGGAACCGUUGCUCGUCAUAUGGCUGGACCAGCCACAGCCCUUAGUUUUCUACUAGCUGGAAUUACAUCUACACUAGCAGCGUUAUGCUAUGCCGAAUUUGGCACAAGGAUACCCAGGGCAGGAAGCGCUUACGCAUACACCUAUGUUAGCAUUGGCGAGUUUUGGGCGUUUAUAAUUGGUUGGAAUAUUGUGCUUGAAUACAUGAUAGGUGCUGCGUCAGUUGCUCGUGCUUGGUCAGGAUAUCUAGAUGCUAUACUAGACGGCGCAAUAAGCAAUGCCACGAUUUCUGUCACAGGGGAGUUGCACGAAACCCUCCUAAGUAGAUACCCAGACGUGCUAGCAUUUCUUAUAUGCAUAGUAGCAUCGUUAAUUCUAGCCGUGGGCGUUAAAACUUCCGCGUAUAUAAACAAUGGCCUUACCAUUUUAAAUCUUACCGUCAUUUCUUUGGUUAUAUUUUUAGGUUUUUAUUACGCAGAUAUUACCAAUUGGUCUGAGAAGAACGGAGGUUUUAUGCCAUAUGGAUUUAGCGGAGUGUUAGCUGGUGCGGCUACCUGUUUUUAUGCCUUUGUAGGUUUUGACAGUAUAUCUGCUUCUAGCGAGGAAGCCAAGGACCCUUCGCGUUCGAUACCUAUUGCUACUAUAUUGUCCAUGGUAAUGGUGGGACUUGGUUAUAUACUGGUUGCGAUAGCUUUAACGCUGAUGGUGCCAUAUAGUACUAUUAAUCCGGAGGCAGCAUUACCUGCAGCUUUGGGCGCGGUUCAUGCUGAUUGGGCCAAGUAUGCUGUAGCUGUGGGCGCAGUAUGUGGAAUGACAACUACACUUUUAGGAUCCUUGUUCUCGUUGCCACGAUGCUUAUAUGCAAUGUCAGCUGAUGGACUCUUGUUCGGAUUUCUCAGCGAUGUUAAUAAUAAAUCACAAAUACCUAUAUCGAACCUCGUCAUAGCAGGCUUCUCUUCUGCAUUCAUUGCUCUUUUGUUCGAUCUAGAGAAACUUGUGGAAUUUAUGUCCAUCGGGACGCUAUUGGCGUACACAAUAGUUAGUGCAGCGGUUAUCAUAUUGCGCUAUAGACCUAUUCCUCCUGAGGACAAAAGUUUCGGAGUGCCACAAUUGGACUCGCCUAUUGAUAGAGAGGACAGCUCCGCUACUGGGACUCCGGCGACUGAUGGCGGGUCAUCCUCUUCAGAGAUGUUUGAGGCGCUGACUGUGGGUCGGGUUCGUGCGCAAUAUGCUUGGCUUGAACCUCUGGCUGGAGGGCGAGCACCCGGGGCUGCGGUAACGUCUUGUGUGUACGUGUUCACUGUUGCGACCGCGGCUCUCUGCGCCCACAACCACUUCUUAGCACCGAACGCUGGACCCUGGGCUCUACUACCGGAUUUCGUACUGACGUUUAUAAUUAUUGCUUGUCUGUUCAUUAUCUGGGCUCAUCAACAAAGCCCUUUGCGGCUGCCGUUCCGCGUCCCUUGGGUGCCGCUGCUGCCGGCGGCCAGCGUCAUGCUCAAUGUUGAGCUGAUGGUCAACCUAAAUGCACUAACAUGGGCACGAUUCACUAUUUGGAUGACAUUUGGUUUACUCCUGUAUUUCCUAUACGGCAUACAUCACAGCAAACUCGGCGAAGGUGUAACAGGUUUGUUAUCACGAUCUGGUAGCGGUGGAGCUCACAGUUGGGGCGCAGUGGAUAAAACCUCUUCGCUUGCAAGACGAGUAGGACGCUUGGGACGUGGUUGUAAGAGCGACGACCGCAAGCCAAUAAUAAGCGACGACGAACUAAACAGACGCGAACAGUGAAUUUAAAUUUCGAACACGCUUUUGAAAUUUUGUAUGACACAUGAGAUUUCACUUUCAAUCAGUCAUUUGAAUUCUUCUUUAUUUAAAAUAAUUGGAAACAUUUUGCGAAUUACCAAGUUAAUUGAGCAAAAAUGGGGGGGUGUUCAAACAGUAUGGAGGUAUUUCUUAUUAUACAAAAACUAAGAAAAUACACAAACGGAAGUCAAUGACAAAAAUAACAAUUUCCGUUACGGUACUAAUCGUAAACUUCGCAAGCCUGCAAUUUAAUUUUUCAUAAAUAUAUGUAUAUAAAAUUUAAGUCUGCCACUUCUAAAAUUUUAUAAAAUCUUAAAAAAGUCCUUAAUAAUACACAAACGUCAAAUACAUCAUUCAUGUUAAAAAAAUAUUAAAACUGAUUAAUUUUUUUAAUUAAACAUAUUUUUUUACUAAGUUUAUUCUUUCAAACUUAUAAAUAGAGGUGGCAGGUCUUACAUAAGCACAAAAAAAAGGUCCACUUAACGGAAAAAAAGGGACAUACUACGUGUUAUAUACAAAUUUAUUAUGCUUUGUGUAAAUAACACUUAAUAAAAAAACACCGUAGGAUACCAGCUUGUAUUGUUUUUAAUGUUUAAUAAAUGUAGAGAAUUAAAUUUAAAUAAUAGUCAACAAUAUUUAGUAAUUAUUUAUUUAAAAAAAGGCAACACUAUAUACAUAAUAUAUCUACGAGUCACAAGUAAUUAAAUGUUAAUUAAUUAAAUGUAUUUUUUAUAUUGUCGUUAUCGGUUGAUAUUAUAAUUUUUAUUACUUAUUUAUGCACAAAGUUGUCUUUUAAUUUAUUUGCAUGACUUCUUAAAAACGUACAAUUUUUUUUAGUGUUGCUAUAUGAAUAAAUGGAAUGUUUAUUAUGUUAAUAUGAAAUCCAUAGAGUUCAUAGAUUGUUGUUAUAUUUUAAUGUAUGUUGAUGUGUAUAUAAACAGAUGAUAGAUCU